CAAAACCCUAACCCUAAUCUCAGCCGGUACUCAGAAGCAGAGAGAGACUGAGGAAGUUUCGUAACCCCCAAAUCACAACCAAAAAAUGGGUCGCGUUCGCACGAAGACUGUGAAGAAAUCAUCUCGUCAGGUGAUCGAGAAGUACUACUCUCGCAUGACUCUUGAUUUCCACACGAACAAGAAGAUCCUCGAAGAAGUCGCAAUCAUCCCAUCGAAGAGACUCCGCAACAAGAUCGCUGGUUUCUCCACUCAUCUCAUGAAGAGGAUCCAAAAGGGACCUGUCCGUGGAAUCUCCCUCAAGCUUCAGGAGGAAGAGCGUGAGCGCCGUAUGGACUUUGUCCCUGACGAAUCCGCCAUUAAAACCGAUCACAUCGAGGUCGAUAAGGAGACGCUUGAGAUGCUUGCUUCCUUGGGAAUGUCUGAGCUACCAGGUGUUGUUAAGGUGGAUCCAGCCGCUGCUGCUCCGGUUGCUGCAUUUGGAUUGGGUCGUGGAAGGAGGUACUAGAGUGUCCAUCGAUCAAAUCAAUCAUCAUCUUUCAGAUGUGUGGUUUCUUAGUGUCUUUUAUCUGCAAAUUUUUGUUUGUGCCUUUUUUUGUUGGAUCUUGAAUUUCUAUGCUCUACUAUAUGCUUUAAUGUCACUUAUUUUGCUGGAUAAAUUUCUCUACUU